CCCGGUUAGAAACGUUUUUGUUUCAGCGAGUGAAGAAACUUCCGACAACACGUGUUUCACUGCAACGUCACGUCCAAAAACAACUACGGUCAGCCAGUGUGAUCAGAACAGGCGCAUGUGGCUGCCCUGGACUUCUCCUCAUAUCUUUUGAGCUUCUUUUUCUCCCCCUCCGUUGGACGAUCACUGAAAAGACGGGAACAAAACAGAUCAAAUGGAGAAGCCUCAGUUUUAGGAGCAGUUUAUGUUGUGUAUUCUACAGAACAUCCCCACAACCGGAAUAAUCCCAAACCCAGGUCACUGCUAUUGUUUUCCCUGUGUCAACGCAGUUGCAGGAAUGGAAAGAGGAAUUGUGAUAAAAGAUGACUGGUCAGGUUACAGUCUGGACCUGUUCACCUACCCAGAACACUACCACGAGGACAUAGAGAGCAUUUAUAUCCCACACGGCGUCAUCAUGAACAGGGUCGAGCGUCUGGCCCACUACAUCAAGGACGACUUCGGGGACGGCAACAUAAUGGUGCUGUGCGUCCUGAAGGGAGGAUACAAGUUCUGUGUCGAUCUGGUGGAGUUCAUCAAAAUUCUUGGCCGCAACUCGAACAACUACCUAGAGACCCGGGUGGAGUUUAUUCGUCUGAAGAGCUACCUGAAUGACCAGUCGACAGAGGACCUGCACAUCAUAGGAAGCAGAGAUCUGUCGUUUCUGCGUGGAAAGUGUGUGCUGAUUGUUGAGGCCAUAGUUGACACAGGAAAGACCAUGAAGGCUCUUCUGAAGCAUGUGGAGACCUUUGAACCCAAGAUGGUCAAGGUCGCAGGUUUGCUGGUGAAGAGGCUCCCCAACAUGGCGGAACAUCUGACCGACUAUGUUGGAUUUGAAAUUCCCAACCGCUUUGUUGUUGGUUAUGCCCUGGACUACAAUGAAUACUUCCGUGACCUGAAUCACAUCUGUGUUAUCAGCAAGACUGGAAAAAUGAAGUACAAGGUUUGAGAGGAAUUAAAACCAUGAAUUAUGACCAGCUUUACAUAGAGGCACAAAACUAUGUGUUAGGGCUUUUUGCAGCUGGAAUCCAUUUGCAUUUGAAUGUGUGUUUUUAUGUAAUUUGUGUGUUUAAAAAGUUGCUCAAAGCGGCAUAUUCCAAAUUUGUGGAAUGACUUCAUGAAAUAACUUUGAAUUAAAAAAUAAACAUAU